AUGGCUGGCGGUGGUUUCCAGCUAAGUCCUAAUGAAGGAGACGGGAUAAAGAACUAUCCAGGAGAGCUCACUUGUUACGUGUUGAUAACUUGCAUUGUUGCUGCCUUGGGCGGGCUAAUCUUUGGUUAUGACAUCGGUAUCUCCGGUGGUGUCACCUCCAUGGCUCCCUUUUUGCAAGAAUUUUUUCCAUCUGUUUAUCAGAAAGAAGCUCUGGACACUUCUACUAAUCAAUAUUGCAAGUUUGAUAGUCUUACUCUCACUAUAUUCACUUCUUCUCUUUAUUUGGCUGCUCUUAUGGCCUCCUUUGUAGCCUCUUGGGUCACCAGAAACUUUGGUCGUAAGAAGUCCAUGCUUCUUGGAAGCAUUGUGUUCUUAGUUGGUGCCAUCGUUAAUGCGGCAGCUAUAAACAUAGCCAUGCUCAUCAUUGGCCGUAUUUGUUUGGGUAUUGGAGUUGGAUUUUCACUUCAAUCUAUUCCACUUUAUGUUUCAGAGAUGGCCCCAUCUAAAUAUCGAGGUUCGCUAAAUGUUGUUUUUCAACUUUCAAUUACAAUUGGUAUUCUAGUGGCUAAUUUUGUCAACUAUGGUACUGCUAAUAUUCAUGGUGGAUGGGGAUGGCGAGUAAGUUUGGGUGGUGCAGCUGUGCCUGCAUUGUUUAUCACUAUCUCAGCUCUAUUCCUUCCUGACACUCCAAACUCAAUGUUGGAGAGAGGCGAAGUAGAGAAGGCAAAAGCCAUGCUCCAACGCAUCCGUGGUGUGUCCAAGAAGGAUGUAGAAGUAGAAUAUCAAGAUAUUAUGGCGACGAGUAUGGUUGCCAAAGCAGUGAAGCAUCCAUGGAGGAAUUUGAGAGAGAGACAAAAUAGGCCACCGUUGGUAAUGUCCAUUUUAAUUCCAUUUUUUCAGCAAUUGACUGGUAUCAAUGUGGUCAUGUUCUAUGCUCCUGUGUUGUUCAAGACUAUUGGUUUUGGAGACAAUGCUUCUCUUCUUUCAUCUGUCAUUACUGGUGGUAUUAAUGCUCUGGCGACUUUUGUAUCUGUUUAUGGCACCGAUAAGUGGGGAAGGAGGAUCCUUUUCUUACUUGGUGGAAUCAUUAUGUUCGUUUUUCAAGUUUUGGUGGCUGUGUUUAUUGCUUGGAAAUUUGGAGUUUCUGGUGAGGUUGCUUAUCUACCCAAGUGGUAUGCGGGUGUCGUGGUGUUGUUCAUAUGUGUUUAUGUUCAAGCCUUUGCAUGGUCUUGGGGACCUUUGGGAUGGUUGGUUCCAAGUGAAAUUUUUCCACUUGAAAUCCGAUCAGCUGCUCAAAGUGUAACAGUCUCAGUGAACAUGUUCUUUACCUUUUUUAUUGCUCAAAUCUUUCUCACCUUGCUCUGCCAUAUGAAAUUUGGGUUGUUCUUCUUCUUUGCAUUUUUUGUGGCGUUGAUGACUCUAUUCAUCUAUUUCUUCUUGCCGGAGACAAAAAGUAUUCCAAUUGAAGACAUGUCAUGUGUUUGGAGACAACAUUGGUUUUGGAGUAGAUAUAUGCCUCAAAAAUGUGCCAAAGUCCGUCCUCAAGUUUAGGAUUU